AUGUCAUCAUGCUAUGCUUGUUACCGUUCAUCACCAUCAAUACGUUGUCUUAUGUGUCAAAAGUAUUUUUGUUUAACAUGUUCAGGUGUUCAUCGUCACAAUCAUCUUCUUGAUGCACUAGAAGAACGUUUAACAUCUCAAAUUAAUUCAUUACAAAUACAAUUCGAUGAAAAUUUCUCUCGACAAUAUCGUCAAGCUACUGAUCAUUUACAAACAUGGAUUACUGAUAUUCAUCGUCAAUUUGAAAAAACAAUUCAAUAUCAACUUGAAAAAUUACUUAAAAUACAAUAUGAAUUAUUAAAAAUGAAAACUGAUGAGUAUAUUCAAGAAUAUGUACAAUAUUUUAUAAAUCUUCGUUCAAAUGUACGUUAUGCUAAACAACGACAAACUGAAUGUAAUUAUGAUCACGAAUUAUUACGUUUAAUUAGUAUUGAAAAAGAACUUCUUAAACGGUAUGAUGAACAUUUUCUUGAUUUUCGAUUAGAUACUCAUUCAAUUGACUUUACAAAAUAUAUAAAUAUCGAAAAAAAAUUUCAUGAAUCACCUAUUCCAUUAUCAUUAGAAUAUAAUUACCAAUUAUAUCAACCAUUACAAACUCUUAAUCUUCAAUCAUCUGUUCAACAUAUAGCUAGUUCAUGUCUUGAUUUAUUUAUUUUUAUAUCUGAACCAUCACCUAUUUAUCCAUGUCUUCAUGAAUAUUCAACUUCUUCAAUUUCAUCAAAAAUUUCUCUUGAAUUUUCAAUUGAUUUUCCUCGAAAUAUUCAAAUAAUUGAUAUGCGUUGGUCAAUACAAUUUAAUUGUCUUUUUUUACUUACAUCUAUAUUUUUACAUAAAUAUGAUAAAUAUGAAAAAAAGAUUCAAGCAAAUAUAAUUGAAUUAUCUGAUCAAACAAAUAAAUGGCAUCGUUUAACAACAAAUCGUUUGGGAAUUUAUAUUCUAAAUGAAAGCAAUUCUAUUGAAUUUUAUAAUACAAAAUUUUUACAAACUGCUAUUUUUUAUAUGAAAGAACUUCUUGGAGAUAUAUGCCUUGUUUAUGAUCUUCAAGGUCAAGCUGAUUGUUUAUGUACAUUAACAUAUACAAAAGAAAAUAAUUGGCAAAUUGAUUUAUUUUCAAGUAGACAAUUAAAAUUAAAACGAACAUUAAAACUUUCUGAAACACUUCGACCACCAUUAAAAUUAAUAAAUGCUAAUCGAAGAAAUACAUGGAUUAUAAUUGAUAGUGAAAAUCAUCGUUUAAUUAUAUUUGAUGAUCAAAUGAAAAAUAUUGAACAUUUUUCUUUAAAUUCAACACCAAAUUGUGUAACAAUUCUCGAUGAUAAAACAGUAGUUAUAGCUAGUCCAGAUAUACCAGGUGCAAAAAUUUCAUUUUAUUCUCCUAAUACUGUUUUACAAAAUUAA